AUGGGUCGUGCUCCCAAUGGAUGGGUCGUGGCUCUUCCCUGGUAUUGGGUUCGUGGUUCUCAAACUGGGGGUCGUGGCUCCCCUGGAUGGGUCGUGGCUCCCCUGGAUGGGUCGUGGCUUCCCUGGAUGGGUCGUGGCUCCCCUGGAUGGGUCGUGGCUCCCCUGGAUGGGUCGUGGCUCCCCUGGAUGGGUCGUGGCUCCCCUGGAUGGGUCGUGGCUCCCUUGGAUGGGUCGUGGCUCCCCUGGAUGGGUCGUGACUCCCCUGACUGGGUCGCAUAUGCCAGCCUACUUGACGGCUUGGAUCACCACCACCACCAUGGUGAACAUGGUGAACACAGCCAUGGUGAACAGGAACACCAGCAACACACCAGUGAAGAACACAGCCCUGCUAGAGAACCAAGUUAUGGGGAACGCAUCCCCAGUGAACGCAUCCCCAGUGAACGCAUCCCCAGUGAACGCAUCCCCAGUGAACAAGUGACUACUGGAGAACAAGAACAGUCGAUUGUAUCAACCAAUAAGUUUGACACCAACACAAAGACAACAGGUUCUGCUACCCAAGACCAGAGGUCAUACAGGUCUCUGACACCUACACCAGAAGCAACAGUCCCUGACUACCCAAGACCAGAGGUCAACCAGGUUUCUGACCACCCAACACCAGAGAUCAACCAGGUCUUUGACCACUCAACACCAGAGAUCAACCAGAUCUCUGACUACCCAAGAUCAGAAGUCAACCAGGUCUCUGACCACCCAACACUAGAAGUCAACCAGGUCUCUGACCACCCAACACUAGAAGUCAACCAGGUCUCUGACUACCCAACACUAGAAGUCAACCAGGUCUCUGACUACCCAACACCAGAAGUCAACCAGGUCUCUGAUAUAGUGACAAGCCAGGUCAGUCAUGGCUUUGAUGUAAGAACAGGCCUGGUCAACCAAGGCUUUGAUGUCCCAGUAACUCGUGUAGGUCAAGCCUUUGACAACCCAAUUCAUGAGGUCAGCCAAGAACUUGACCUGCCGACAACUGAGUUCAACCCAAGUUAUGAGUAUCCAGGAUAUGUCGUCAACCAGCAGUUUGACAGCCAGGCAAGCCAAUUCAACCAGAGUUUUGACGAAUCAGAAGGUCAAUUCAGUCAAGGCAUUGACAGCACAAUACCAGAGGUCAACCAGGGCUUUGACCUUCCAGCACAGGUCAACCAAGGCUUUGAUAGCACAGUACCAGAGGUCAACCAGGGCUUUGACCUUCCAGCACAGGUCAACCAAGGCUUUGAUAGCACAGUACCAGAGGUCAACCAGGGCUUUGACCUUCCAGCACAGGUCAACCAAGGCUUUGACAUCCCCGUCACUGAAACCAGUCAACAACUUGACCUCUCUGGUAAUGAUGUCAGCCAGCAACAUGACCUCUCAGUCAACAAGGUGACUUCAGCUACUGAUGCGCCAGUGACCUCUGACCUCGCAAAAUCCACUGUUAGUGUCCCGAUUAAGAAAGUUUUACAGUAUGAUGUUGAGUACGACCCUGAUAAUGUGGCAGUUCCUGGCACUGUCUCUCCACAGACUCUUGAAGCAGUGCCUGGCACUGUCGCUCCACGGACUCUUGAAGCAGUGCCUGGCACUGUCGCUCCACGGACUCUUGAAGCAGUGCCUGACACUGUCGCUCCAUGGACUCUUGACGCAGUGCCUGGCACUGUCGCUCCAUGGACUCUUGAAGCAGUGCCUGGCACUGCUGGUCCGUGGGAUCAAGGAUCACUUACCACAACCCCUACUUCACAACACUUUGCUCUACCCUCAACUACUCCAGCGCCAGUGGAGGUCACAGCUGCUCCAGUGGAGGUCACAGCAAGCAGUGCCACAUCAGAGGGCCAACAACCUUCAGGCAGUGCCAAGCAACUGGACCUAGCAGUUGGAAGGGGAGCAGAGUUGUCAGUAAACUACCCACAGUACUCAGCAGUACCCAAGACAACUUUCUCCUGCCUGGACCAACAGUGGGGCGGUUACUUCGCUGAUCCAGAAACACACUGCCAGGUGUUCCACAUCUGUCUUAACGGAGGUAAGAUGGGAUCUUUCCUCUGUCCCAAUGGAACAUUGUUCAACCAGGACUACCUUGUAUGUGACUGGUGGUACAAUGUGGAUUGUUCCAGGGCUACGAACAAGUACGACAUCAACGCUGCCAUCGGUGUAGUCCCAGAGAGAAGAUAGUCCCACACAACACUAACGUAUAUACAGUAUACUGAUGUAUAUACGGUGUAUAUACUGGGUAGAUUGGUGAUAACUUCAGACCAGCAGAUAUACUUGGUCAUUUAUACUGCUGGAGUAUAUUUUAUCACCAAUCAGAUAUUUUACAUCUAUUUAAGUAUAUACCCUGGGUAUAUCUGGUAUGUAUACUUCAGGUAUACACUGAGGUAUACUCUACACAAAGGUUUGAAUGUUAUUUAAGUGAGGUAUACCACAUAAGGGAUAGUAUGUGAUAAUAGUACUGAUAUACCGUUAUACCAUCACAGAUUAGAAUUGCAAUGUUACCUGGAGUACAGUCAGUAGCGUCCACUUACCACUAACAGUCUUCCUGGAGUACAGUCAGUAGCGUCCACUUACCACUAACAGUCUUCCUGGAGUACAGUCAGUAGCGUCCACUUACCACUAACAGUCUUCCUGGAGUACAGUCAGUAGCGUCCACUUACCACUAACAGUCUUCCUGGAGUACAGUCAGU